CUGGUUGUCUUGCUUUCCUUUGACGACAUUCACCUCCAUUCCUUACGCUUUCUCUCUGUAACGACCUCAUUCAACACCUCCGCUUUAUCGCCGACAUCAACAUCCAGCUAUGCGUUUCAGCACCAUUCUCGCCCUUGCACUGGCUACCGCCUCCGCUGCGCCUGCGCUCGCCUGGUCCGUCGAAUCCGACGCCAGCGAACUGCUAUCCCGGGCUUACAAAGGGACUGACGGCAAGGUGCACUGGAGCCCCGGCGUGCGCCAGGGCAAACAGGGCUGCGGCAGUGCUAAGCCCCGGUCCGUUAAGGAAGAGCUCUACGCGCGUACUUACAUUGGGCCGGGCGGGAAGGUUCACUACGCCCCUGGUGUACAAGGCAGCAGACGUCCUGGCUCCCAUCACGGUCCGAAGGGGGCAGGCAGACCGAGGGAGCUCUAUGAGCGUGACCUCUUCUACGGCUCGUUGUAUUUGGAUUGAACAUGACAGUACAUGUCGACUGUUGCGAAGUGUGAUGUAGUACAUUAUGUGUGGUCGUUACAAAUAGGAUUGGCUUGUGAAUGUCUCACGACUCUGGACAAACGAAUAUGCCACAAGACGCGCAUAGCACCCAUCCUCAUCGGAGGAUACAUGGAGUUCAUACUGUACAAAUGUAACUAGAGUGGGGGUUUCGAGACUAGAGUAAUCAUAAACGCGACAUUGAGGAGCACGAUGUGAAUCAAUAUGCUGACAGCUUCGACAGCUUCUCCGCGACGAGGCUCUUUACUGCUGAAUUGCGCGGCGCAAUGUCGCAAAGAAAUUCCUCAGGAUAGCUGGAUAAUGCUA